AUGGACCCUGCACCAAGGGUAAGCGUUAUGAACGUGACGGUGCUCACCUGCAUUUUGGUCCUUUACAUUGCACACGACGCAGGCUUCCGCUUCUGGAUGACGCGCAGCGAUACCCUUCCGCUCACAGCAGCCCUCGCGCAUGACACUAAGGUACUGCAACAGCACGGCGACGUAGGUUUGGCCUAUGAUGCCGCCAUCGGACACGUGCGCACCCCUCCUCUCCAACUCUACUCCAUCAAUGCUGAGCGCUUCGCCGCCAACUACACUGCACGGAUGAGGGCCGCCGCUGCCGGGACCGCUAGCCAAAACGAUUCUCCACGCCCCAGCUCUGCACCGUCUGCCGCCGACGACACCUUUUCCGAUGCGCUUCCAAUGGCAGCGGUGGUGGUGGAGAGCACGUGGCUUACCCCUGACCAGGACGCUGUCUCUUCUGUGUACGCGCAGCGGCUGCUGGAGGGGUACCGUUACGCUCUGCUCAGCGGCGCACCGUGGCUGCUGCUCUCCGGUUCUGCAGCGGAGGCGUCAGUGGGACUGCAGUUUCUGCGGCUCCUGCCCCGCCCAGCCGAGAGGAUCUUCCCGGACUCUGUGCUAGAGCGGUGGCCUCUGCCGCUCGUCACCGCGGCGCUGCAGCUGCGCGAAUCGAUGGCACCGUAUGAAACUCUCGGAGCGUGGGUGCACGGUGCGGGCACGAGACCGCUCAAGUCCUUCCCCGCCUCUUCGAUGACUUCAGGAGCAAGCCAACAGCAGGAUGCUCAUGAAAGCUGGGUGCCGGGUCACUCGUCUCUGCAGUCGUCCCUCAGUCAGCUGCUCUCGGCCUACUCCUUGGCAGUGACAGGCGCGAGUCAUGUACGCCCAGCCUCGCUCAUCCUGGGCGCGGAGUGGAUGCGGCGCAUGGAUGCCCAGCACCGGAGCAGCAACACCGCCACCAACGCUAACGGUGCCACGAGAGCCGCGGCCGACGGCCACGCCGCGCCUGAGCAACCACGCGUGACAGUGUACGCAACAAAGCCUGACGCCGACAAUGGCGACGAUGAUCUGACAAUGGAAAAGAACGAGGAUGGAGGUGCCUCCAAGGACGCGGCCAGCGCUCCGUGGGAGCAGCCGCGGGUGCUCGAGCUUCACGUGAACAACACCUCCACAGCGGUGCACGUGACUGUGCCUGGCAUGGUGAUGAUCAGCGACGCGAACAUCAACAAGCGGGCUCAGCACAUGGCAAUGACAGUUCAGCAGCUGGUGGAGCUAACACUUGUGCACCGCCAUGCCACUCGCAGCUCCAGUGCGCCAAUGGACACAGAAAGGGAGGUGGGGUGGUGGUGGUGGCUUGGUCGGCCCUACGGCGUGACGGUCAUCGCUGGCAGGUGGGAGCAGCAGCGUGUCAAGCUUCUCUACAUGAAGGCCUUCCGUGAGGCCGUGGCUGACUCGCAGGAGGGGCUGCGAAAAGCAGUGCAGCUGCUUCAUCAAUCUCGCUGUCAGUUUGAAAGACCUCUGCUGCCGCUGUCAUGCCACGGUGUUCGCGGUCCACAACUCCCACCAUCAGCGCUGCCUUUCAGCACCGCGGUGCCGGCGCGCUCGCGCAUCUUCGUGCUGCCCCCGCCAUACGAGGAUCUGCAGAGCGUCCAGCCGAAGCCGGAGUGGCUCAACUACACAGGUGAGCUGCCCGCGUCCAUCAACGCAGAGGCGUCGCGUGUGGCGAAGCUGCUGGGUCGCGUGAGUUUCUUCCUGUACUUCAAUUACCGCCGGUGGAUGGACUGGUUUCUGGCGUCGCUGCCGGUGGGGUCUUACCAGGAUCACUUUGUGCUCAUAUCGGUGUUGAUGUCCGACUUCGCCGAGCACCGCAUCAGCUGGAUGGAUGUGUUACACCUCCGCUAA